UAGAGUGUGCAUGCAUGGACUCGCGGUGCACUGUGACGUAGAUUGUUGACUGUCUCUUUUUUGUAUAGAGAUCGCUUCACCUAAUUGCACUUCCCGAUCUUCGAAGUAAUGUAUAUACACAUACUUCAAUAUUCCAGCCACACUGCGAUAUCGUUUGCAAUAUAUCAUGUUUAAAGGCCUUUUUAGAUCUGUGAAUCUGUAGCGGAUAGAAAUAGCCGAUGAUAUUAUCGUCUGCAGAGGAAAAGCUAGAGCGGGAUUACUCAUACCCUAUUAACCCAAGCGUUAGCCAAAAACGCGACCGACCGUGAUACGGGAUAUUACUCGUGAAGGGAUUAUAUUAUAUUCCCUGUUUUCUGUGCGUCUCUCUUGAAAAGUUUGUGGCAACUGGCAAAGUGGUCACUGCAGGCAGCAUCGCAUAACGUGUUGUGGAUUCAGAAGCCAUACAGACGUCAGUUUUUUGCUCUCUUCUUUUUGGAAAUUGUUAUGAUCUUUUUGGAAGUAAGCUAGACUCUCCUUUAAACAGAAUACAGGCCUACAUCUUGCUGCUGUUUCUUGACUAAGUUUAUGUCCUUCAUCAUAGAAUUAUCAUAUUCUAUUGUCUUUGAUAGACGUUAAGGUAGGACAUUCACUGGAAGGAUUAAGCGGCAUGACCCAACCGAGAGUUUGAAAAUUCUCGAUUCACCUUAGAGAAGAAGGGGUACGUCGGUGGAAAGAUACAACCCUGGCAAUAAUGAACCUGUUCCGUUAGGCCCUUAACUCCAACCUGCCAACUUUUGAAUCCCAGGAAAGAGGGGUAAAGCUGCACCAUUAACGUUGAUGUGUGGAAGGAAAUAGAAAGCGAAGGGAUACCACUGCCCCCCCCCCUCACAUCUUGCAAGAUCAAGGGGUUUCCAGCUACACCAUUGGUCGAUGCAGGGGUAGCGAGGUAACUAAAUAAGAACAUAAAACCCUCCAUCGGAGUGGGUAGCUCGUCGUCGUCAUCGUCUGAAACUUUCUCAAGUUCUUUUCGAAAUCGACGAAGACAGCGUUCAUCAUGGGUCACGUGAUGGGAAAAUUAUCGGAUAUUUUGAGUGUUGACUGUAGAUUCCCGAUGAAUGGGGACAGGGAAUCGAGGAUAUUGAUGUUAGGACUAGAUGCAGCAGGUAAAACAACAAUAUUAUACCGGGUGAAGUUUAACGAGGCUGUCACAACUAUUCCUACGAUAGGUUUCAACGUAGAGACAGUGACACCAGUCCCUAACGUUACAUUGUGCGUUUGGGAUGUCGGUGGGCAACAGAAAGUACGAGCUCUAUGGCAACACUACUUCUGCGAAACACACGGUCUGAUCUUCGUAGUUGACAGUGCAGACAAAGCCAGACUAUGGGAGGCAAGAGAUGAACUGUUGAGGGCGCUAACUAACCCAUACAUGACACCAGGCAUCCCAGUGCUUGUUCUGGCAAAUAAACAAGAUCUUCCAGGAUCAAUGACUGCGUCAGAGAUCAGCGAUAUCAUGGACUUAAAACGACUAUCACCUAACCACCCCUGGUAUGUACAACCUACACAAGGAAACACCGGUGUAGGACUACACGAUGCUUUUAAGGUACUUGCCAGAAUGGUCAAGCAAUUCCAUAAGGACUUGUCAAAGGCAGAAUUGAUAAAUCGACACGAGAGUGGACCUGAUGCGACAGAAGUUUAGGAGAAGUUUACCAGAAAUGUAGGUUGGACUGCAGAUCUGUGAAAGACUUUCGUCGCAUGAACGGAUGGACGCGGAAUGGAACUGGAACAGAACAACAAUCUGCAUUGAUUAAGGAUUUCAUUGAGUCUUGUUUGAGGUUGUUCUAAAUGAUAUAUGAAUAAAGUAUACAGGUCCGUUUCCAAAGCCGAAGACUUUUCGCUUUUGACGCAAACUCUGGAGCGAUGAAAUGGUUCUGUGACGAUUGUUCUGCUGGUGAUAUGCAUCAGUGUUCAGUAUUUACGAUAGUCGCGAGUGAGUGAAGGAUAGAAAAGAAAUCCGAAUGUAGCAAUGAAGUUAACCACAGUCAUCCCAGAAGCGCAUUAAGUAAACAGAUGCAUAUCGAAACAAGUUGGACACUAUUAUGCAUUAAUGUUUUUAUGGCGAUAUUCCCUAUUUAGUUGGUUGAACUUGUCCUCGAAAUAGAUGAACGAAUGUCGGCCAUCUAGAUGGAGCCUGUCUGGAAAAGGGAGGAGUUACAUUUAUAUGUUUUAAUACUCACUGAGAUAAUAGUGAACAAAGAAAUAUCUGUUGAGAUGCUAGUCACUGAUAGUUUUAGUUUUCGCAAUUUAGCAGGUAUACAAAGAGUUGUAAAGUGUGAGAAUGUGAUUGAUAUUCAGAAAUCACUUUCACUUUGUGUAAGAAAUGAACAUUGCUCAGCGAUGUUUUAUGAAUUAUUGUAUUCUCUGUUUAAAAAAACAGUGAAAUGUAUAAAGAUAGUGGGAGAAGAAAAUAAUAAGAAUACAUGCGUCUUACUAGACGUGAACAUUGUAAAGGAUCAUAUA